ACGAACACUUUCCUUUCUCCGACGAUGGAUGAUGGGGAAAAACGAAUCUGCAAGGAGUUAUCAGUUUCUAGACAAGAAGCAUUCUCUUACCUCGACGGAUUCCGAGGAAAUGUAGAUGUGGAUGCAGCGAUAGAGGCUUGCCGCAGCAUAACUUUGCCGCUGCCGUCACUCACGGUUAAAUCUUCGCCGGGGAACGAGAAAUCCGCGUCGGAGGCGCCGUAUAUACCGCCAUUGACGACCGAUUCAGGUCGGAGCUCGAAUCAGCCGCCUGGUCCGCAGGAGGAGCAACCGCCUCAAUCGAGACCUGAACUUAUCAAAUCAUUCUGCGAAGCGAAUCUAGAUGAGGCAGUCCUUUACCUCCAACUCAAAAAUUGGAAUAUAGAACAAGCCGUCGGCGAAUUCCUAGACGAGUGCCAUCCAACGCCUUCUCAAAUGAAGUCGAAUCGGCGGAUUUAUUGUCCGCCGGACGGGCGAUCGAAUGCGCCGGUGAAGAUUCGGCGAUCGAAUCCGCAGGACUCAUCUUCAUUGACGGGAUUGGAAUCUGAAAAGGCGUUGAUGCAGGACAUAGCUCCAUGGAUGGGUUCACUUAGCUUGACAUCAGUCAAAAUCAGGAGCUCUUCUUCUUCAUGUGCGAUGGAGGUUGACCCGCCAGAGUCACUCAACGAAGCUUCUGAAGAACAUAUGCUUCAAACUAUACCUUUAAUGGCGUCAUCUAAAGUGGAGGAGAUUCAAAACACUCAGGGAAGUGGAAAUCCCACACAAACCACACAAACCAGUGAUGUUUGUGUUCAUCAAAUCUGCGAUGCGUCUCGAGAGGAAGCACUCUUUUACCUUGAGGGAUUCAAGUGGAAGUUUGAUACGGCGAUGGAGGCUUUCCUCAGAAACACCUUGCCGCUCGACAAGGAAACUGCUGAGGCGCCGCCGAAUUCGCAGCCUGAAUUGCUUAAUGAACAACUCAUCCGUUCAUUCCGAGAUGCGGCUCUUGAAACGACUAGAGAUGACGCAAUCGCUUACCUCAAAGUCUGCAAUUGGGAUGAUGCUUGUGUCGUAUGUGAAGUUCACAGUGAUGGAAAUGGAAACCUGGAGCACUCAGCAGACUUUGUUAGUGAUCAAGAGUUACAAGGAGAGGAGGAUGAUGGCUGUUCAUCCAAAGGGGAACAAGUGCAAGUUGACAAUGAUUCUGAUAAAUCAAGAGGUGAGACCAUGCCUGUUGAGAUCGUAUGUGAAGUUCACGGUGAUGGAAAUGGAAACCAAGAGGAGAACUCAGCAGACUUUGUUAAUGAUCAAGAGUUACAAGGAGAGGAGGAUGAUGGCUGUUCAUCCAAAGGGGAACAAGUGCAAGUUGGCAAGGAUUCUGAUAAAUCAAGAGGUGAGACCAUGCCUGUUGAGAUCGAACCCAUUUGUGAUGUGACGAGUGAGAGUUGUAGUGGAGGAUCGGAGCCGCUGCAGAACUCAGAUGCUUGCAUUGUAUGUGAAGUUUCAGACAAGCUUGUAACCCGUUGUUGUGGGAGUGACUGUCUCGUUUCAUUUCACGUGGAGUGUUUGGAAGAUGAGUUGGGUAGUAGUGUGGAGGAUCUUGCAAAUCCAUAUUACUGCCCAUACUGCUGGUUCAACUUUCUAGCAUUGUUAGAGAUGGCCGCUGGGGGCGAAAAGGCAGUCUUCAUGCAUCCAGAAGAUCAAGAGAUGAGAAGUUGGGAUGAGGACGAGGAAGAGGAUGAUAGCUGUUCAUCCAAAGGGGAACAAGUGCAAGUUGGCAAGGAUUGGAAGUAUCAGAGAAGACGAAUACUUUGGACAUCCAAAGAAGAAGAUAUGCUCAUUGCCGGAGUGGAGAAAUUUGCUGCUGAAGCAAGGAAGAACAUGCCAUGGAAGAAAAUUCUGAAAAUGGGAAAGAAUGUUUUCCACGAAACACGUACUGCUGAUAACCUUAAAGACAAAUGGAGAAACAUGAUUAGGAAAUAUAGUCAGACUUGUUAGUGAAGAGAAAAGAAA